AAGAGAACUCUAUAAAUUGUUGCGCUAGGGCUCUCGCUCUCUCUUUAUCGCGCGAAAGAGGCCGCUCCCGCCGCUCUCCUUGGUUUUCCUAUUUUUGCUAGAAAAUUAGUCAUGGGUAAGGAGAAGGUUCAUAUCAACAUUGUGGUCAUUGGCCAUGUCGACUCUGGAAAAUCUACCACCACAGGCCAUCUUAUUUACAAGUUGGGAGGUAUUGAUAAGCGUGUUAUUGAGAGAUUUGAGAAGGAAGCUGCUGAGAUGAACAAGCGUUCUUUCAAGUAUGCUUGGGUACUUGACAAGCUGAAGGCUGAGAGAGAGCGUGGUAUUACCAUUGAUAUUGCUUUGUGGAAAUUUGAAACAACAAAAUACUACUGCACAGUCAUUGAUGCCCCCGGCCAUCGUGAUUUCAUCAAGAACAUGAUUACUGGAACAUCUCAGGCUGACUGUGCUGUUCUCAUUAUUGAUUCAACAACUGGUGGUUUUGAGGCUGGUAUCUCAAAGGAUGGGCAGACUCGUGAGCACGCACUCCUUGCUUUCACUCUUGGUGUUAGGCAAAUGAUUUGUUGCUGCAAUAAGAUGGAUGCUACAACACCAAAGUACUCCAAGGCACGAUAUGAUGAAAUUGUAAAGGAAGUCUCUUCCUAUUUGAAGAAAGUUGGUUACAACCCUGAUAAGAUUCCUUUUGUUCCAAUCUCUGGUUUUGAAGGGGAUAACAUGAUUGAGAGAUCAACAAAUCUUGACUGGUACAAGGGUCCAACACUCCUUGAAGCCCUUGAUUUGAUCAAUGAACCCAAGCGCCCAUCUGAUAAGCCCCUCCGCCUUCCUCUUCAGGAUGUUUACAAGAUUGGUGGCAUUGGAACUGUCCCUGUUGGUCGUGUUGAGACUGGAGUGUUGAAGCCAGGUAUGGUUGUCACGUUUGCCCCCACAGGACUGACAACUGAAGUCAAGUCUGUGGAGAUGCACCAUGAGGCCCUCCAGGAGGCUCUCCCAGGUGAUAAUGUGGGCUUCAACGUAAAGAAUGUUGCUGUUAAGGAUCUAAAGCGAGGUUUUGUUGCCUCAAACUCCAAGGAUGAUCCUGCAAAGGAGGCUGCCAAUUUCAUCUCGCAAGUCAUCAUCAUGAAUCACCCUGGUCAGAUUGGCAACGGUUAUGCUCCUGUCUUGGAUUGCCACACAUCUCAUAUUGCUGUCAAAUUUGCGGAAUUGCUUACCAAGAUUGACAGGCGAUCUGGCAAGGAGCUUGAGAAGGAGCCCAAGUUCCUCAAGAAUGGUGAUGCAGGUUUAGUGAAGAUGAUUCCCACCAAGCCAAUGGUGGUGGAAACAUUCUCUGAGUAUCCACCUCUUGGUAGGUUUGCCGUCAGGGACAUGAGGCAGACUGUAGCAGUCGGUGUUAUCAAGAGCGUGGAGAAGAAGGAUCCAACUGGUGCCAAGAUCACCAAAGCUGCCCAGAAGAAGAAAUGAACUGAGGAUUGCAAGUCAGGGUUGUCUGGAGUCGUCGUUAGCUGUUGUGUUGUCCGUCUGUUUCAUUGCCUUUACAAGUUCGCGUGUAUGUUAUCUGGAGUCUGGAUGCAGAACUGGGUGCUCGACAGGCGAUGGCAGGCUUUAAGGUCUAUUUAUGUUUUCCAUAGUAAAAACCAUUCGGAUUUUUACAAGUCUAUGUGCUGUUGAGUGUCCUCUGUUGUUACUUGUAUUGUAUUAAACUGUACUGGUCGUUGUUCCUGCAUGAGUAAAUAUGUAUUUAUAUAUGCUUAUUGUUAAUCUGUUA